ACCGAGCGGAGCGGGCUGAGACGCUGGGAGGACGGCGAGCUCGUCGUAGCGCAUCGGAACCAGGUUUCGGAGCGCUUCAGCGCCGGCUCUGGGUUUCGCGUUAGGAUCGCGCAGAAUUCAGAGAUCGAGAAGUAGAGCAAGAAGAACAUUGCCGCGAUCAUUUUCCAGGGGACUGUACGCUACAACAACGUCCUUCGCGUUGGACCCGUCCGGUGUUCGCUGGAGGGCUGAAUGAGCCAACAUCUUCCCUCCAUUUUGUAGAAGACUACCUUCCUAGAGUGUGAAACAGUCAGUGGUACUAGUACUUGAGAUCUCCCCACAGACUACCAGCAUGGAAAGAACUGCCAUUUCCACCUCACUGCUCUACGUCUGCCUUGUUCUGGCUGCGUGUUGCAAUUCCCUGGCGGGUUCCUUCUGCCCAGCACAGUGUGUAUGUGAAACCCGCCCCUGGUACACCCCUCAGUCUGUCUACCAUCAGGCCAAGACCGUGGACUGCAAUGAGCUCCACUUGAGCACCAUUCCAAGGAAUGUGUCUGCUGACACUCAGGUGCUUCUUCUGCAGAGCAACAACAUCUCCUUGGUGACCUCAGAACUCCGGAGUCUCGUCAAUCUCACAGAACUGGACCUUUCUCAGAAUCACUUUACACGGAUUCAAGAUGUCGGCUUGGGUAACUUAACCCAGCUUGUCACCCUUUACCUAGAGGAGAAUCAGAUCAAAGAACUACCUGAUUUCUGCCUGAAAGAUUUGGUCAGCUUAGAGGAACUUUAUAUAAAUCAUAACCAGAUCUCUUUGAUUGGCCCAAAUGCAUUCUCUGGCUUAGGGAAUCUGCUUAGGCUUCAUUUAAACUCCAACAAACUGGUAGCUAUUGACAGUCAAUGGUUUGAGUCUCUUCCAAACCUGGAGAUCCUCAUGAUAGGUGAGAACCCUAUAGUUGGGCUGCAAGAUAUGAACUUCCACCCUCUUUCUAAACUACACAGUCUGGUGUUAGCUGGUAUGGGCCUUAGGGAAAUACCCACUGGCGCUUUUCAAGGACUAGAAUACCUUGAGAGUCUCUCAUUUUUUGACAAUAAGCUGACAGUGGUGCCCAGAGAUGCCCUCCGCUCUCUACCAAACCUGAAGUUCCUUGACCUUAACAAGAACCCUAUUGUACGUGUACGGGAAGGCGAUUUCCAGAACUUCCCCCACUUGGAGGAGCUCAGCAUGAACAACAUGGAGGAGCUUGUGGCCAUAGAAAGAGGUGCAUUUUCCAACCUCCCACAAAUGGCCAAGUUGGAAGUCUACAACAACCCUCAUUUGUCUUAUAUUGAUCGCAAUGCUUUCCAAAGAAUGACUGGCUUGCGCACUUUGCUGGUCCACAAUAAUGACCUCACCCUCCUUCCUCAAGAGGUUUUAGCUUCUUUCCCCAACCUGGAUGAGGUCAGCCUCCACAGCAACCCGAUCAGGUGCGACUGCCUCUCAAACUGGGGGCCGAUCUUCGGCAACCAAUCGAGUCUCAAGCUUCUGGAAUACCAGAUCACCCUGUGCGCCUCGCCUCCGCACCUGAUUGGCCACUCGCUCCAGGAAGUGGUGACAAGCACCUGGAACAUGGCCAGUAACAGUUGUCUGCCACUUAUUUCCCUGCAUACCUUCCCUUCACAGCUCAAUGUCACAGCCGGACAGCCGCUGACAUUAGACUGUCGUGCUGUGGCUGAUCCAGUCCCCCAGUUCUACUGGGUGACGCCCACAGGUGACAAAGUCACGUCUGAAGUGGUAUCUCCAGCCAUGAAUGAGGGCAAAAGGGGCAUGAAAAAGCACAGGAUGCAGGACCAAGGUGCUCUAGAGAUUCUCCAUGUCGAACCAGAGGAUGCUGGGCUCUACACGUGUGUGGCGUGGAAUGCAGAAGGCGCAGAUACUCGGAGCGUCUUGGUGUAUGUGGACAAGAGCAAUUGGCAUGGCACCCGGCAGAGAACAGGCCAGCAAGAGUGGGUAAACGCCACAGGAUCUCUGGUGGUCUUGGCAAAAAUAAUCCACGCUCAUUCCGUGGUACUGGAGUGGAAAGUCUACCCAUCUGUCCUCGCCUCCGGCCAUGAGUUGCCACAGCCCAAGUGGCUCAGCGCCACCAUGAAAAUCGACAACCCUCAGAUCAGCUACACAGCAAAGGUCCCUGUGGACGUUCAAGAAUACAACCUCACCCAUCUGCUGCCCUCCACAGAAUACCAGGUCUGUCUGACCAUGGCGUCCCCGGAGCAGCAAACUCAACAUUCCUGCAUCAACAUCACCACCAAAGGAGCCAGUUUCGCUGUGGAGAUGGUCGCUCAGCCAAGCAACGUGGCCUUGGCAGCAGUGAUGGGCUCCAUGUUUGCCAUCCUCAUCAUGGCCCUUCUGGUGUUUUAUAUGGGUCGGCGUAUAAAGCAGAAGUCCUGUCACCACUCGCUGAAGAAGUACAUGCAGCAUGCCACCUCCAUUCCUCUCAAUGAACUCUACCCGCCUCUCAUCAACCUGUGGGAGAAUGAGACGGAGAAGGAAAAAGACGUGUCGGUUGACCCUCAUAGCUCACAGAUAGACACCUCAAAGACAUAUAUGUGGUAGUUUGACAGAGGAUGAAAGAAAGGCCAAAAGACAUUUCCAACACAGUAUGUAUUGGUGCUGUACAUAGAUGAUAAGUAUGUACUUACUUAUUAAGAUGUCAUUGUGAAAUAUGUAUUUUUAGAUUGGAUAGCUUUCCCUAGUCAAAAAAUGCACUACUUGGCUAAAGUUGUGAAAUGGUCAUGUACACAGUAGAUGAAUUUUAAGAGUGUCCAAACACACCCCUGCAAUAACCUUGUAUUAAGUUCAACAUUACGCAUGCAAAUAUGUUUGUUAUUUGUAUAAUUUAUUCAUUAUAUGAGCAUUGAUCUCCAUCACAAGCCUGAUCACAUUUGGAUUUCUUGCAUGGAAUUCUUGCAUGCUGUUUCAGUGCUCAAAGUAAUUCAUACCGUCAUGUCUACUUCUCACAACUAAAAACAAACAGAUGUGAGAUGGUGGCAAACACAAACACAAGUGUGCACCCAUACACACUCUCACACGUACACAUUUUCCUUCUGUAUCCUAACAUCGUUGCAUUUAUUAUCACCUGCUUUGUAAUAACAAUAAAUCUAAUCUGCCAGCUGUUGCGAAAAUGGCUGUUACCUGCAACUAAUUAGCUGUCAAGCGUAAUUAAUAUAUUUUCUCCAGUAGCCACACAGCUGUGCUUGCUUGGCCUUUCCCUUUUGACUAUCUAAAGAAGAAAAGCUAUAUUUAGAAACAUUCAAAUGAUGGUGGGUUUGGCGAUGUGGAUUGAUGACACAUUUUCUCACUUGGUACAAACUAAAUGUGACCUUAUAUGGAGAUCUAUACAAUAGAGCCAAAGCAGGUUUCAUUAAAUUACCUGUGUCUUAUUUCUAGCAAACAUUGACAAUUUGAGUAUAGACCUUAGGUAAUUAGACAAUGACAUUUUUUUUUUAAAUACUUGAUGCUUGUCUUCAGUAAGUGAAAUGCAUGCUGGUUGGGUUUUCAGUCACAUGACUGACUUGACCAAUCAAAAGCAUUACACUUUUAGCCCUAAAAUCCUCUAUAGGAGCUUUUAGUAAUAUGUUUCAGGUCACUGCCCUGCUGCAAAGUGUUGCCAUCCAGAGGAGUUUUGAGGCAUUUGGUUUGAUCUGAGCUUCUGUAGCCUGCAUGGCAAAAUUAAUCCUGCUACUGCAGCCCAUAAGACCCAGGCAUAUUUAGGUGUGCAUCUUUGCAAUCUGGCUUUUCUGUUCUUGAGGUUUACCAGUGUUUUGCAUCACGCGGCAAACCCUCUGACAUCAUGCCCAGCUGAGCUUUUCUUCAUUAAAGCUUUUGCCACACCUACGCCUCUAAUCUUAAUAGUAAUCUAAUUUCACAUUAAUUUUUUCAUAACCAAAGGAAAGCUCAAGCCUGGUGGCCUGCCAUCGGUGAGCUCACUGGGGUGUUCUGUAUCAAACACCUGCUUUUCCCAUCCAAUGGUUUGGCUGUGCCUAUGAAUUCAAGAUUUUAGGACCAUGUUGGCCUGCUCUACUGACACUGACACUUAUUUGACGUUCAUGUUAAGAGCCAACAGCAACAGCUUCCAGACACAAAAGCCACUUGUAGGCUUGACCCUAGACCUUUUCUUAGCUUCCUUUGGCAUGAAAUGAUACAAUAACACACAGAUGGCCAAAAAAAAGAAGGGUUGUCCAUUUAAUUCUCAUUCACUCAUUCGGAAAGACUGUAAAAUGACUGUUAUUCCUGUAAUGUUUGCCUAAUACAAACAGCCUCAUUGUUGCUGUUUCAUUUCAAUCCCACUGUACAGGAGUACAGAGCCAAAGCAGCAAAAAUUGAUCAUUGUUCAAUUAAUUACACACUAUAGAAUACUAUGCCACAGUAUAUUGCUGUUUUUAACAUACAUUCUGCUUAAAAUAGCAUACAUAUGAGGAUUGUGUUGAGAUGUGAAGAAUGAAAUCAAUAAUUAUUUUUACAUUAUACAACAUUUGAUUAGCCAUUCCGUAAACAAUACAUAAAUAUGUUUGGCAACAUAUGGCCAUUCUAGAGACACAAGCUGAAAUAUAAAUCAUGUAGAUAAAACUGUUUCAUUCACUCUUGUGUUCAUCCUCCAUGAUGUUUUAUAUAAUAUAAACAUUUCCAUAGAUAGUAAAAAAAAUAACAACAACAUACUGUAUUCAUGUAAAGCAUUUUCAAAAGACUAAUUUUCAAGAAAAUAAUGAUUUAAUAAGGAAUAAAUAAACUCAGAUCUGCAGGGA